UAGGGAACGGUUGUCGUCUGCUUGACUGUUUAUUCUAUUUCAGUUCUCACAGCGACAGCAGUCAUAGCGUUUUCUCUUCGGAGCUCGCAGUUGAUAUACUUUUGGUUUGGACAGCCAAGGCGAAUCGCUACAAGAGUGUGUGAAUACUGAAUAUACGGUAUUAGUUGUUGUUGCAUUGCGGUAAUUGCAGUGACUACAUCAGUGCACUACUUAAUUAAACUUACUGCAGUACUGCUCUAUAAUUCGAUUGGCGUCUUAGCGUAUCGCUAUUGUUAUUCAAUAUAUAUAUAUGUAUUGAACUAAAAUAUCAAUACUUUGUACAAUCAUUUUGAUAGAGAUUACGUAGUAGAAGUUUAAAAUAAUGAAAAAUUAGUGCAAACAUUACGAAUUAGAGGUUAGGUUACGCACGGGAUUUUUUGUUUACAUUUGUAAAAAAGUAUACGUAACCGGAUAACGCUUUACAAUGAGUGGAACUCUUGCGCCAAGCCGUUCGACAGUUUAUAUUUCCAACUUGCCCUUCUCUUUAACCAACAAUGACCUCUUUAAACUCCUCGAAGAUCAUGGAAAAAUAGUCAAAGUUACUGUUGUCAAAGAUAAAAGAACAAGAAGGAGCAAAGGUGUAGCAUUUGUUCUAUUUCUCACACCUGGAGAUGCUCAGAAUUGUGCUACUGCUCUCAACAAUACAGAGAUAGGAGGGCGUAAGGUAAAGAGUUCUAUUGCCGUAGAUAACGGCCGUGCACCAGAAUUUAUCAGGAGAAAGGAUUAUCCAGACAAAACAAGUUGUUAUGAAUGUGGGGAAGAGGGUCAUUUGUCCUAUCAAUGUAAAAAGAAUACACUAGGCAAUAGGAGUCCACCACCUAAAAAAGUCAGAGUUAGAGGCAAGAACAAAAGAAAAGCGGGAGAAAUGGACACUAGUUACUUUGAUAGUGAUAGUGAUGAUGGAUGCAGACAACCUCGAGGAGACCCAAGACGGGACAGCGAAAGUGAUAUGUGGGAUGCAGAUGAUAAUCUCAGCAGUGCUAUAAGAGAUGAACAAGAACGCAUGGAAUUGGAAAUAUACAGAUAUAAAGUUGCAACUGGUCAAUAUGACUCAGAGGAACAACAGCAAUCUUCUAAAAUGAAGAGAAAACGUUUUAAGAAAAGUGCAAUGUUUGAUUGUGACGAGGACGAAAUCAGUGAUUAGAUAUGUAAAUAAAGAUAUUUUUUUAUAAAACAUCA